CUGCGCAUGCGCAGUAGCCCUGAUUUCUUGGCUAGCAGCAGGUAAAGAGCACUAGCUGCGCGUGUUUUCGCUCAUUAGUGUCGCUGUCGCUAUUUCGACUCAGCAAAAUGCUCAAGUUCCUCCCGAAAUUAUUACUGUUGCUGUUGCUAGCCUUCCCUGCAACUAUCUUUAUAAAAGGCACGUUAGUAGCGGCACAAGAUGUUACAGAAGAAGAAGAGGCAGCUGAUGAAGAUACUACUGAUGAUGUGAUUGCUGAAGAUGAGGAUGAUGAAGCAGAGGUGGAAGAUGAUGAAAACACAGAAUUGACUGAAGAAAAAGAAGAAGAGGAAGAUGAAGAAGCUCUAGGAGGAGAGAUGAAGCCUUCGCCAAACGCUGAUACAACCAUUCUGUUUGUCAAAGGAGAAGACUUUCCAGCCAACAACAUUGUAAAGUUCCUGCUGGGCUUCACCAAUAAAGGCAGUGAAAAUUUCGUAGUCGAGUCUCUGGACGCUUCCUUCCGCUACCCUCAGGACUUUCAGUUUUACAUCCAGAACUUCACUGCUCUGCAGCUGGGCAUAGUGGUGCCUCCACAGCGCCAGGCCACUUUCGAGUACUCGUUCAUCCCGGCCGAGCCCAUGGGCGGUCGCCCCUUCGGCCUGGUCAUCAACCUCAACUAUAAAGACAGCAGUGGCAACGUUUUCCAGGAUGCCGUGUUUAACCAGACAGUCACCAUCACUGAGAAGGAGGAUGGUCUGGAUGGAGAGACGAUUUUUAUGUACGUGUUCCUUUCUGGCCUUGGGCUUCUGGUGGUUGUUGGCCUGCAUCAGCUGCUGGAAUCCAGGAAGAGGAGAAGACCUGUGGCCAAGGUGGAGAUGGGGACCUCUAACCAUAAUGAUGUAGAUAUGAGCUGGAUCCCUCAGGAGACACUCAAUCAAAUCAUGCAGAGUCGGCGAGAUAAGGCUUCCCCCAGAAGAUCACCCCGUAAGAGGACGCAGAAGCGCUCUGCUGGAUCAGAUGAGUGAAGAGGGAGUGUACCGCUGUGGCUCUUGGCUGUAUGGUGCAUGCUACUGAGCACAGUUUGUCUAUCAUACAGCAUGCCUCUGGACUGGUCGAUACUCUUUACCAAUACAGUCACAUUUUUAAAAAAAAAUAAUAAAUAAGUAAGCCAAAAAAAAAAGUUUGACAACAAUGAAAACCUACUCCAGCCACUGUAAUAGUGUUUUUGUUUUUUUCCUUGUUGGUCACUGACUUUGCCAGUUUUGCUUUGUGGCUGAUGUAAUCACAGGAUUUUUGUUUCUAGAAAGCCAUGCCUCUGUUGUGAUUUUAUUUUUUUGGUUUAUUUUUUUCCUCUUGGCACUGAUUGUCUUCAUGCACACACAUAUGCUUAGCUGGGUCUUCCUCACUAAUUUGGUUUGUGGCCAAUACAAGUGUGCAUCUGCCAUGUUUUUAAAGUGCACUCUGUGUUUGUUUUGGGCCAUUUUAUUCUGCCAGUUUUGGUUUUGGGGGAUUGCUGACUGUAUGAACGGCAAUUGUAGUACAACUCACUAGCUCCCAGAUUGUGCCUAAUUUUCCGUUUUUUUCUUCACCUCUCUCUUUUCAGAAUGUCCCCCAUCCUUAGAUUACAAGUGUGUGUUCAAGAUUGUAAAUCUCCUCAUAUGAUUUCUAAGAGCACUGAUACAGUACAUACUGGGUAGUGCUUGGGAACAGGGAGUCUGUUUAAUUUAUUUCUUUCUUUUUUUUUU